UCCAUUCCGUUAGUUUCCCACGCCCACAGAAAAAAUCAAAAUUAGAACGAAAUCGUUAAAAUUACAGAAAAGCCCCUCCGCUCGGUCUGUCUGUUUGUCUCUCUCUCCUCUCUCUUCCCUCCUCGCUCGCCUUCGUCUUCCUGCUUCCCCCAACCUCCAAUUCCCUUUCCCACCCAAACCCUAGAGCAAGCUGAAUGGCCCUCGCCGCGAGCUCGCGGGAGCCUCUGCGCCGCCGCCGGUGACUGCUGAUCCGCCCGUCCCCGCCGCGGGCCGGUGGCGUCCGGGCCCCUGUCUGGGAGGAGGGACGAUAUGGCGUCGAGGCAGCACAAUGCGCAGUUCCACAAAUCCAAGACGCUCGACAACAAAUACAUGCUUGGGGAUGAGAUAGGGAAGGGGGCGUACGGCCGCGUGUACAAGGGGCUUGACCUGGAGAAUGGGGAUUUCGUGGCCAUCAAGCAGGUCUCACUGGAGAACAUUCCGCAGGAGGAUCUCAACAUAAUCAUGCAAGAAAUCGAUCUACUGAAAAAUCUUAAUCACAAAAAUAUUGUUAAGUAUCUUGGAUCAUUGAAGACAAAGAGCCAUCUCCAUAUUAUUCUAGAGUAUGUAGAGAAUGGCUCACUUGCCAAUAUCAUCAAGCCAAACAAAUUUGGACCUUUUCCUGAAUCAUUGGUGGCUGUCUACAUUGCCCAGGUGUUGGAAGGUCUUGUUUAUCUGCAUGAACAAGGUGUCAUACAUAGAGAUAUCAAGGGUGCAAAUAUAUUGACUACCAAAGAGGGCCUUGUCAAACUUGCUGAUUUUGGAGUUGCCACUAAAUUGACUGAAGCAGAUAUCAACACCCAUUCUGUGGUCGGCACUCCCUACUGGAUGGCCCCGGAGGUCAUUGAAAUGUCUGGUGUUUGUGCUGCUUCUGAUAUCUGGAGUGUUGGUUGCACUGUUAUUGAGUUGCUCACAUGUGCUCCGCCAUAUUACGACCUCCAGCCCAUGCCUGCACUGUUUCGCAUUGUUCAGGAUGUACAUCCACCGAUACCGGAAGGAUUGUCUCCUGAGAUUACUGAUUUUCUCCGGCAAUGUUUCCAAAAGGAUUCGAUGCAAAGGCCUGAUGCAAAGACAUUAUUGAUGCAUCCAUGGCUGCAAAACUCAAGGCGAGCUUUGCCGUCUUCCCUUCGGCAACCUGCUCGAUCGUUGAGGAAUAUCGAUGGGGAUGAUGAAGGCUCAAGUGGUGAUAAUAAUUCUGGUUUUUGUGGCCCACCAGGGGAUGCUCAAACACCUAUUGCUUCUGAUAUUGAACAGGAAAAUGAAAGAAAAGAACCAAUUCGAGAAUCUGCUGCACAAGAUAAAGCUGACGAGCUUCAUGAUGGAAAGUUAAAACCUACCGAGAGCAGUAGUUCAAACAACGUGGAUAACAUGGUUCUUAAUAAAGAUCCGACAUUAGUUUUUCAUGAUAAGCUAUCGCUGGAAUCUUCAUCUGGAGGUGCUGAUUUAAAUGGAAAAGUAAUGGCACAUGAACUAGUGCAAGAUGGUCUGCCAAGUAAGAUAGAGCUUGAAAGUAAAGAAAGUUCAAGUCUUGAGGAUGGUGAUGUAUUCUCCUUUCAGGCUGGAAGACAGAAUAUUGACUUCCAUAAGGUGGCUGAACCUUCAGUUGUUGAGGGACCGGAUGAGUUAAGUAGAUUUAGCGACAAACCUGGAGAUGCCUCAUUGGAAGACUUAUUUCCACCAAUUGACAAACAAGGAGAUUAUGGGGCUGAAGCUUCAACAUCCACUACCGGCCAAGAACUUCAAUAUAAUGGUAAAAAAAAUGACCUUGCAAAGGAACUCAAGGCCAGGAUGGAGCAGCAACAAAAGGAAAAUGAUAGCGAGCCCAGGAAUGGUGGGAAGCUUCUUCAAUUUGUCAUGCAAUUGAGGGAAGAAGAUAUUGAUGGACCAGGUUUUGGUGACAAUAUUGCUGGAGAGAGUCUUUUCCCUUUACAGCCUGUGGAAUACAGCAAAUUAGUAGCACAACUGAAACCCGAGGAAAGUGAAGAAGUAAUAUUAUCAGCGUGCCAAAAGCUUCUGUUGUUCUUCAGUCACCGGCCUGAGCAAAAACAGAUUUAUGUGACACAGAACGGUUUCCUCCCACUAAUGGAACUUCUUGAACUUCCCAAAAACCGUAUUAUAUGCUCUGUUCUGCAGCUCAUCAACUGCAUUGUAAAAGACAAUACAGGCUUCCUAGAAAACGCUUGCCUUGUUGGCCUUAUUCCGGUGGUGAUGAAUUUCGCAGAGCCAAAACGUCCAAAGGAUGUUCGAAUGCAAGCAUCCUGGUUUCUUCAGCAGCUUUGUCAGGCCAGCACUUUGACAUUGCAAAUGUUCAUUGCAUGCCAAGGGAUCCCUGUUUUGGUGGGCUUUUUGGAGCCUGAUUAUGCAAAAUACAGCAGGGACAUGGUUCAUCUUGCAAUUGAUGGCAUAUGGCAGGUCUUCAAGCUCCAGCAUUCAACUCCGAGAAAUGACUUCUGCCGUAUAGCGGCAAAAAAUGGGAUACUUCUCAGGCUGGUUAAUACUCUCCAUAGCUUGAAUGAAGCAACAAGAUUUGCCUCCAUCUCAGGGUCAGGUGCUUCGGCAACACAGAAUGGCUCAACCCCCCGACGAAGAUCUGGCCAAUUAGAUCCUUCAAUGCUUGAAAUUUCCAAGGCGAGGCUGGACCAUCACCACUCAUCUGGUUCUCUGCAAUCCCUACAAGCAGAUGCAGAUAAGCACCAUAUAUUAAUGGAUCCUUCGUCAUCGCCUAGGUUCAGCGAUAAAACUGGUGCUGGUAACUUGGAGAGGAAUGAGAAUGACUUGGUUAGGCCACAGAGGCUUAGUGUUUCUGUUGGAAGGACAUCUACAGACAGAUCUCCUAAACACAUAGAACUAGUUUCAAAUGGUCAUAAUAGCGGUCAAAAUGACCAAAUCCGGCCUCUACUGAGUUUGUUGGAGAAAGAACCACCUUCUCGGCAUGUAUCUGGACAACUUGAUUAUGUCCGCCACUUAUCUGGAUUGGAAAGGCAUGAAACAAUUUUGCCAUUAUUACAUGCGUCAACAGAGAGGAAAACAAAUGGUGAACUUGACUUACUAAUGGCAGAAUUUGCUGAGGUCUCUAGACAGGGAAAUGGUCAUCUUGACUCUAGUGUAAAAGCUUCAAAUAGAGUUCAAAGUAUGAAAUAUGCACCAUCGGCGGGUGCAACAGCUUCUAAUGAAGGAACAUCGACAUCUGGAGCUGCAUCACAGACAGCAUCUGGUGUGUUAUCUGGAUCAGGAGUGCUCAAUUUAAGACCAGGAAGUACAACAUCAUCUGGUCCAUUAGCUCAGAUGUUCUCUUCCAUGAGCGCGGAUGUGGCACAUGAAUACCUUGAGAAAGUGGCGGAUCUUCUUUUGGAAUUUGCACAGGCAGACACCGUGGUAAAAUCUCUAAUGUCUAGCCAAAGCCUUCCUGCACGGCUUUUCCAGAUGUUCAACAGGAUAGAACCUCCUAUUCUUCUUAAGAUUCUUAGGUGCAUUAAUCAUUUAUCAGGUGAUCCUAAUUGUCUAGAGACACUUCAACGCACAGAUGCAAUCAAGCAUCUGAUACCAAUUCUUGAACUUCGUGAUGGAGCUCUAGUUUAUCAAAUACAUAGCGAGGUCCUCAAUGCUUUGUUCAACCUUUGCAAGAUUAAUAAAAGAAGACAGGAACAAGCAGCUGAAAACGGGAUCAUCCCUCACUUGAUGAAUUUUGUCAUGUCAGACUCACCGCUAAGGCAGUAUGCCUUGCCUUUGCUGUGUGAUAUGGCUCAUGCUUCUCGCAACUCUAGAGAGCAGUUGAGGGCUCAUGGAGGGCUGGAUGUGUACUUAAAUCUGUUGGAGGAUGAUGCAUGGGCAUGCACUGCAUUAGAUUCUAUUGCUGUUUGCUUGGCUCAUGAUAAUGAUCACAGAAAAGUAGAACAAGUGUUGUUGAAGAAAGAGGCCAUUCAAAAAUUAGUCAAGUUUUUCCAAGACUGCCCAGAACAAUAUUUUGUCCAUAUAUUGGAUGCUUUCUUGAAGAUAAUCACGAAAUCUUCUCGGAUAAAUACAGCAAUGGCCACCAAUGGUUUGACAACAUUGCUUAUUGCAAGACUUGACCAUCGAGAAGCUAUUGCCCGCUUGACUCUGCUAAAACUCAUAAAGGUUGUCUAUGAGCACCAUCCUCGACCAAAGCAGCUCAUAGUAGAGAAUGACCUUCCCCAAAAGCUACAAAACCUCAUUGAAGAACGUAGGGGUGGGCAACGUGGCGGUCAACAAGUGUUGGUCAAACAAAUGGCCACCUCAUUGCUGAAAGCAUUGCACAUCAACACUGUCUUGUGAUUUCGAUCUGUCAUGUAUUUUCCUCUCAAGUUGUAUAUGUUUGCCCUAGAGGAAAAGGUGUCCUUUUCUUUCUCCUUUUCUGCUUCUGUUGUACCGUAAUUUCUCAUGAGCACCAGACUGCAUGUUGUGCCUGAUCCCUCUUUUAUCGGGAGAAGGCUCAACGUUCCGGUGCAGGAUGCAAAAAGGGUUAUUUAUAUAUUACUAGUAUGCUAGUGAAGUUGUAAAUUAGACGUCUCUCAGUUACAAAAUUACUCAUGUAGACCUAUUUUGUUGCAUAUUGUGCUUGUAAAAUUUUGCUAGGUGUACUUCUGGGUAUGCUGGUAAUAAUAUCCUGAUGCGGCUGGUUAUUAAGAAAUACGGGUACUAAAUUUCGUU